AGACUCGCCCUGCGAUGGCCCAAGUUGCCGGGGCAGCGUCCGGGGCCGUGUGCGGGGCCAUGUGCGGGGCCAUGUGCGGGAGGAGGUGAGGCUCGCCAGGUCGCGGCCCCGCCGGUCCGUCGGGCGGCUCUCCGGUGGGCCCCGGCGCCCCCUGGUGGCCCCGCAUCCGGGCGGCAGGGACUCGGCGGAAAUCGCCGGGGAAGCCGAGGGCCCCGCCAGAGGGGCGAGGACCGGAGGCCGGGCCCUUCCUCGGGCCGCGGGGCUCUCCGACCGCCCGGCCGCGGGCGAGGAGAGCCGGCGGGGGAUGCCGAGAAGAUGGUGAAAGCCAAGGGAGCUGCCGGAAAAUCCCGCGGGAGGACCAGACCCGCCGCCGCCGCCGCCGCCGCCGGGGCAGCCGCCGCGGCCCAAGCCUGGCUCCCCGCGGGGAAAGGAAAGAGCCGGCAGGGAGGGAAGAAACCAUCUCCUCCGGAGAGGAAAGGAGAGGAGUCGCCAUUGCCGCCGGCUCCUUUGGAGAGCGGCCCCUUAGAUCUUGGGGGGCAGCGGGAGCGGUGGGUAAAGUUUCAGAAGCGUCAGAGCCUGACUUGCGAGGGGGCAGCCAAGCUCCUCUUGGACACCUUUGAAUACCAAGGUCUGGUGAAACACACAGGAGGUUGCCACUGUGGAGCAGUGCGUUUUGAAGUCUGGGCUGCGGCGGAUUUGCAGGUCUUUGACUGCAACUGCAGCAUUUGCAGAAAGAAACAGAACAGACACUUCAUUGUCCCAGCUUCUCGCUUCAAGCUGCUAAAGGGAGCGGAGAACAUAACCACGUACACGUUCAACACACACAAAGCCCAGCAUACGUUCUGUAAGAGCUGUGGAGUCCAGAGUUUUUACACGCCUCGAUCAAAUCCUGAUGGCUACGGGAUAGCUCCCCACUGCCUGGAUGAGGGGACUGUGCGCAGUGUCGUCUUGGAAGAGUUCAACGGGAAUGAAUGGGAAAAGGCAAUGAUGGACCACAAGACCAUCCAGAGCAAGUCAGCAGAAUGAUGUCAUCUUGGUCUUCCCUCAGACCAACCAGUCACUUUGUAAAUUAGAGCAGGGGCAGUUAAACUUGGCUCAACCAAGGGGAACCAAGGUCUGCACCUAAUGUGCCUAAGGCAGAACAGUUUGAGGCUGUUCCCUCUUUAAAAUAGAGGUGCAGCCUGAGGCUCUCAAACCCAGGUUCCAGUAGUGUCCCCAUCUUGGUCUGACAGGCCGCAGAACUCCCCGGGCCCUUUGCCUCUUAACUCUCAACUCCAUUACCUAUCUUCUCUUUUUCACCCAACUUUUUGUGUGAGAUUUUGGAAAAAUAAAACCUCUGUAGUAUUUGUUUUUUAAGAGAAA